CCUCACCAUUCCACCUUGCUCUUGCUUCUGUCGAACUGCUCGAAAUCACAAUGUCGUCUUCUGCGUACAAGCCUGUCACUCCAGAAUUGGCAUUUCUAGGGUUUCCAGGAUGACGAGAAAGGAUGAGAAUCUCACCGCUCUCUGGGCUCUAAAUGCUGUCGACACCCACCACCACCACCACAUUGUGGAGACUCCUCCAGCUCGCACCACCGUUGAAAUCCCCGUCACCUGUUACCAGCUCAUUGGUGUUCCUGAUCGAGCCGAGAAAGAUGAGGUUGUUAAAUCAGUCAUGGAUUUGAAAAGUGCUGAAAUUGAAGAAGGUUACACCAUGGACGCUGUUGGAUAUCGCCGUAUAUUUCUGAGAUUUCUGAAUGAUUUUGAGAUAUUUUACCAUAUGAGUAUUUUAAAGAGAUUUUGA